AGCCAUGCUGGGCCUGAUAGGCUCAGCCAGACGUGUAUUUACCCAUAUCCGGGCUAGAGAGGAAAAGAAAAAACUUUCAUUUCGAUUAAAAAACAAAACAAAACAACAACAACUUUCGGUAUGAAAUCACACAGCAGGAACAGGCACGGACCGUAAGGCAUUCUUCAAUUUCUAAUCUCCAUCAAGGACUUUGGGAGGGGACUUUUCUGUCAUUUUUCCAAAAAAAAAAAAAAAAGCCCGUGCUGUCUGCGUGUGAGUGCGCGCGCGCCCGCCUGCAAUAAUCAUACUGGCUUUUUCAUCAAAUAAAUCUGUUUUCCUAUCCUUUAGGGCCAAUGUUGAGUUUUCUUGCUCCUGUCAAUUCCACACCCUUAUUUAUUUUGCCCGUUUUUCUAGCGGGGGGGGGAGGAAGGAAAGGGGAGGGAGAUAAUUGAGUCUCCUCGAUCAUGGCCGCGCAAGUAGCAGCGGCUCCGAUGAGUGCGAGCAAGAGCAAGGUCAAAACCCAGAGUUUGACGGGUAACUUAAGCCAGGAUCUUAACUCUGGGGUUCCCGUGGCUGGCACCGUCGGAGCUGCUGGAUCUGGCUCCCUCCUGGGGGUCGUAGAUGGGACGAGCAGCAGCAGAUUGAAUAAUGUAGAUCACCAUCUUUUCCACCAAGAUAAUGAAGUGAACAUGGCCAGUAAUGCAACUUCUGCCGCCGCCGCGGCUCCUAACAACGCUACCAGCAGCGGCCGCAGCUCUUCCUCGGAACUGGUUCUGAAAGACCCUGGAAGCGCGUCGGGCUUAUCGUCCUCUUCUUUUCCUAUGGAGACAGGGCUGCUUCCCAAUCAUAAGUUGCAAAGCGUUGGAGGCGAUCCCCCUGCCGCCGCACCUUCACACCACCCCCGUGCCCAGCACCAGCACCCAGCUCACCUCCGUGCCCAGCACCCCUACGACCACCACCACCACCAUCACCACCAUGCAGUUCAACACCAACAGCUAAAUCAAUUCCAGCCACAGCCGCCGCCUCAGCACCAUCCGAUGCAGAAUAACAACAACGGCGGCGGCGGCGGCGGCAGCAGCAGCAACAACAACGGCGGCGGCGCUGCUCAGCCCAGCAGCGCAGACAUGGAACAGCAGCAGCAGCAGCAGCAGCAACAUGGAGGAAAAGACCGUGGCUUGGGGGGACAGGCCGAGCCCCAGAGCCAGCCGCAGCCUCAGCCCCUGCUGAAUCAAGGCGGGGACGAGGAAGAGGCGACGCCGCCGCCGGACAAAAUGGGCGAGCAGCACCUCAACAGUCGCUACGACCACCCUAGUUUGGGACCUUUGGGCGGGCAGCAGCACCCGCCGCCGCCUCCACCGCUAGCACCACCGCCACCACCUCAGGGAGCGGGCGGCAGCAGCGGCGGCGGCGGCGGCGGCACUGGAGGAGGAGACGGCGGCGGCGGCGGCCCCUCAGCGGUGGGUGUCUCGGAGUUUAAUAGCUAUUACGGCAACGCUGGCAGCGGCAGCGGCGGCGGAGGCGCCUCCUCAGCGAGCCGGGCCGGGCCUUGCUUUGAUCAACAUGGCGGACAACAAAGCCCCGGGAUGGGGCUAAUGCACCCCGCAGCGGCCCCCAACAUCAUGGACCCCCUGCCCAACUCGCACGAAGGCUACACCAACAGCCAGUACAACCACUACUCGAGCGCUUACGGCCGGCCUGGCGGCGGCACUAACGCAGCAGCAGGAGCCGUGGCGGCGGCGGCGGCGGCGGCGGCAGCGGCGGCUGCAGGAGGAGGAGGCGGCGGCGGCUAUGUGGGCUCGUCCUCUGCUUUCGGGGUGCUGAGUUCCCCCAGGCAGCACCAGCAGGGCAUAAUGCUGGGCCCUGGCGGCGCCGGGAGCUUGGGAAAGGCAUCUGGGGCUGCGGGUUUCCAAAGAUUCUCCGGGCAAAACCAACACCCGUCUGGAGCCACCCCAACCUUGAACCAGCUGCUGACUUCCCCCAGCCCCAUGAUGAGGAGCUAUGGCACGGGCUACCCUGAUUAUAGCAGCCCCAGCGGUGCCCCAUCGCAGCAGCCGGCUCAGGGAGCAGCCUCCGCAGCCGCCCCAGGAAGUCAGCAGGCAGUCAUGGGCAAGGACAUGGGCUCCCAGUAUGGAGCUGCAAACCCAGCCUGGGCAGCUGCACAACAAAGAAAUCACCCUGCUAUGAGCCCUGGAAGCACUGGACAGACCCUCAACAGGAACCAGGGCAACCCAAUGGAUCCAAUGGUGAUGAAAAGACCUCAGUUGUUUGCAGUUGGCAACAGCCCCCAUGCCCAAACACAGGCCGGCAGCCCAUAUCCAGGGCAGUCAUAUGGGCCACCAGGUCCCCAGCGUUUUCCAAUGGCAAUGCAGACCCGGACUCCUGGUUCCAUUGGAGGAAUGCAAUAUCCACAGCAACAGAUACCAUCUCAGUAUGGUCCACAAGGUGUCACUGGUUACUGCCAACAGCCAUAUUACAACCAGCAACCACAACCUCAGCAUCUGCCUCCUCAGACCCAGUACCUCUCCCAGGCCCAGCAAAGGUACCAGACGCAGCAGGAAAUGUCUCAGGAAGGCUAUGGAACCAGGUCUCAACCCCCUGUCACCCAGAACAAACCUAACCAUGAAGAACUAACCCUAAUCCAACAAGAGAGGCCUUCAAGUUUACCAGUUGAAGUUUUAGCCUCGGAGGAUGCUUCAUUUGGACUCAAGGAUUUAUCAGGCUCCAUUGAUGACCUGCCUACUGGAACUGAAGCAACAUUGAGUUCAGCUGUUAGCGCAUCAGGUUCUACCAGCAGUCAAGGGGAGCAGAGCAACCCAGCACAGUCACCUUUCUCCCCUCAUGCCUCUCCACAUCUCUCCAGCAUCCCUGGGGGCCCGUCCCCUUCCCCCGUGGGCUCACCAGCUGGAAGCAAUCAGUCAAGGUCUGGUCCCAUUUCUCCUGCAAGUAUUCCAGGUGACUAUUGUAAGAGGGGGAAACAAAAGAGGAGAAAAGAAGGCAAACCCAAAUCGCCUCAUAGAUACAACGAUGCUGAACCAAGCUUUCUGUCUGCACUUUGCCCACAGCUAUGCAGAUAUUCAGGUAGCCAGAUGCCAUCACAGACUCCUGGUACCCAAUCAGAAUCUAGCUCCCAUCCUGCCUUGAGCCAAUCCCCAAUGCCACAGGAUCGAGGUUUUAUGACAGGCAUUCAAAGAAACCCUCAAUUGUCACAAUAUGCAUCUCAGCAGACUGGACCUUCUAUGUCACCCCAUCCUUCACCUGGAGGUCAAAUGCAUUCUGGAAUUGCGAGCUUUCCACAAAGUAAUUCAAGUGGUACUUAUGGAACUCAGAUGAGCCAGUAUGGGCCACAAGGGAACUACUCCAGACAGCCAACAUACUCUGGAGUGACCAACGCAAGUUACAGUGGACCAGGACCUGGUAUGGGUAUAAACGCCAGCAACCAGAUGCAUGGACAGGGUCCAGGCCAGCCUUGUGGUACCAUUCCAUUGGGACGAAUGCCAUCAACUGGGAUGCAAAGCAGACCGUUUCCUGGAAAUAUGAGCAGUAUGACACCCAGUUCUCCGGGAAUGGCUCAGCAAGGAGGCCCCGGGAUGGGACCACCCAUGCCAACUGUGAACCGUAAGGCCCAGGAGGCAGCUGCAGCAGUGAUGCAAGCUGCUGCCAACUCCGCCCAGAGCAGGCCACCAUACAUUCGGUCGCCUGCUUAUCCCAGCCAGUCUGGGGCUGGCGGACGCCCCAUGUUUUCUUCACAGCACCCCAACUAUGGCAACGCUCAGGGUCCCAUGAUGCAUCAGCCUGACCAGUACGGGCAAGGCAGUUUUCCUGUCAUCAAUCAGAGUGGCAUUAUGGGAUCCAGCUCUCCAUACACCCAACCAAUGAACAGCAAUUCAAGUCUGAUGAACCCUCAAGCUUCUCCUUACAGCAUGGCACCUAACAUGGUGAACAGUUCUACAGCACCCAUGGGUCUUGCAGAUUUGAUGACUCAAGGCGAGUCCAAAUUGCCCGUUCCUCUCAAACCAGAUGGAAAAGAAGAAGGACCUCCCCAGCCAGAAAGCAAAAAGGAUAGCUACAGCUCUCAGGGUAUUUCUCAGCCCCCAACCCCAGGCAACCUGCCAGUCCCUUCCCCAAUGUCCCCAAGUUCUGCUAGCAUCUCCUCAUUUCAUGGAGAUGAAAGUGAUAGCAUUGGCAGCCCAGGCUGGCCAAAGACUCCAUCAAGCCCUAAAUCAAGUUCCUCCAACACAACGGGGGAGAAGAUCACCAAAAUGUAUGAGCUGGGAACUGAGCCAGAGCGGAAAGUUUGGGUGGAUCGCUAUCUCAACUUCAUGGAAGAAAGGGGAACACCUGUAGCUGGUCUCCCUGCUGUUGGCAAGAAGCCACUGGAUCUUUUUAGACUCUAUGUUUGUGUUAAGGAGAUUGGAGGCUUAGCCCAGGUUAAUAAAAAUAAGAAGUGGCGUGAGCUGGCUACCAACCUAAACGUUGGCACUUCGAGCAGUGCAGCCAGUUCUUUGAAAAAACAAUAUAUUCAAUACCUCUUUGCCUUUGAAUGCAAGAUUGAACGAGGGGAGGAACCCCCUCCAGAAGUCUUCAGCACUGGAGAUACUAAGAAACAAGCUAAGAUUCAGCCGCCAUCUCCUGCUAACUCGGGUUCUCUUCAGGGUCCACAGACCCCUCAGUCUACGGGGAGCAAUUCUAUGACAGAAGUGCCAAGUGACCUCAAGCCUCCAACACCAGCGUCUACACCUCAUGGACAGAUGACACCUACACAGAGCAGCAGCAGAAAUAGUUCAGUCAGUGUACAUGAUCCCUUUUCGGAUAUAAGUGAUUCCACAUACCCAAAGCGGAACUCCAUGACUCCAAAUGCACCCUAUCAGCAGUCAAUGAAUAUGCCAGAUAUGAUGGGAAGGAUGCCCUAUGAGCCAAACAAGGAUCCUUUUGGUGGGAUGAGAAAAGUGCCUGGAAAUAGUGAACCCUUCAUGGCCCCUGGACAAAUGCCCAACAGUGGCAUACAGGAUAUGUACAGCCAGAGUCCCGCUGGAACCAUUUCCAACAUGGGCAUAGGCCAACGCCAACAGUUUCCCUAUGGAAGUGGUUAUGACCGGAGGUUGGAUCAUGGGCUGGGUCCUGAAGGCAGUAUGGGAGCACCUGGUCAAAGCAACAUGGUGCCUUCAAACAGUGACCCAAGCAUGUACUCUCCUAGCUCUUAUCCUGGGCAACAAAGGCAUGAACCGUAUGGACCACAGUAUCCAAUGCAAGCUCCUCCUUCUGGACAACCCCCCUACGGAGGACACCAAUCUGGAAUGUUUCCACAGCAGCAGAACUACAAACGCCAUAUGGAUGGCAUGUAUGGGCCUCCAGCAAAACGUCAUGAUGGAGAUAUGUUUAACAUGCAAUAUAGCAACCAACAGCAGGAGAUAUUUAACCAGUAUAGCAGUGCUUACUCUGGACCAGACAGGAGACCCAUCCAGGGACAGUAUCCAUAUCCUUAUAACAGAGAGAGGAUGCAGGCUCCUGGACAAAUGCAACAACAUGGAAUACCUCCGCAGAUGAUUGGUGGCCCAAUGCAGUCAUCAGCUUCCACUGAAAGUCCCCAACAAAAUAUGUGGCCCACAAGAAAUGAUAUGUCUUUCCCAUAUCAGAACAGGCAAGGCCCCGGGGGCCCUGCACAGGCCACACCUUAUCCAGGGAUGAAUCGUACUGAUGAUAUGAUGGUACCUGACCAGAGGAUAAACCAUGAAAGCCAGUGGCCUUCUCAUGUCAACCAGCGACAGCCUUCUUACAUGUCAUCCUCUGCUUCCAUGCAGCCUAUUACUCGACCUCCUCAGUCAUCCUAUCAGACGCCACCAUCAAUGCCAAACCACAUAUCUCGAGCUCCUAGCCCUGCAUCUUUCCCACGCUCUCAUGAAAAUCGUAUGUCUCCCAGUAAAUCUCCAUUUCUAUCCUCUAUGAAGAUACCAAAAGUUAUGCCCACUCUUCCAGGCUCGCAGGUCACAGGUCCUCCAACACAGCCACCACCAUCUAUUAGGCGGGAAAUCACUUUUCCUCCAGGUUCGGUAGAAGCAUCCCAACCAGUUUUAAAACCAAGGCGAAAGAUUACCUCAAAAGAUAUUGUGAGUCCGGAAGCCUGGCGAGUGAUGAUGUCUCUUAAAUCAGGCCUUCUUGCAGAAAGUACUUGGGCAUUAGACACUAUUAACAUUCUUCUGUACGAUGAUAGUACAGUUGCUACUUUCAAUCUCUCACAGUUAUCUGGUUUUCUUGAGCUGUUGGUGGAAUAUUUUAGAAAAUGCCUGAUUGAUAUUUUUGGGAUCCUUACGGAAUAUGAAGUGGGACAUCCAGGACCAAAACUGCAAGAUCAUAAUUCAUCUCCGAAUGAGGAUGGGCAGUCUGCAACAGAGGAUGUCAGGAAAGAGGAAGAAAACAACGGUGAAUGUAUCGAUUACUUUGAUGACCUGGAAGAUGAGGAGGAGGAAGACGAAGAAGAUGAAACUGAGAACACGGAAGAAGGAAAGAGCACUCUUGUUGCUCCACCUGGUGCCAUUCUUGAUCCAAGUGAGAGGCCAAAACAAGCCAGUAAGUUUGACAAGUUGCCAAUAAAAAUUGUAAAGAAAAACAACUUAUUUGUUGUUGACCGAUCUGAUAGGCUGGGGCACGUUCAGGAAUUCAACAGUGGGCUUCUUCAUUGGCAACUUGGUGGGGGUGAUACAACUGAACACAUUCAGACCCACUUUGAGAGUAAGAUGGAGAUUCCUCCUUGCAGGCGGCCAUCUACGUCAGUCUCCUCAGGUAAAAAGAAGAAUGUAGAGGGGAAAGGAGAAUCUGAGGAACAGCAAGACAAAAGCAUAUCAGCCACUAUUGAUGAUGUCUUGUCAGCUCGUCCGGGAGCAUUGUCUGAAGACCCCGACUCUAAUUCUCAGACAGAUAGUAAUAAAUUUUCUUUUGGAAUCCAUCAAGUGAAAAGUCAUCGAAAUAUCAAACUGCUGGAAGAUGAGCCACGGAGUCGAGAUGAGACUCCUCUAUGUACCAUUACCCAUUGGCAAGAUUCUUUGGCCAAGCGUUGCAUCUGUGUGUCAAAUAUUGUCCGCAGCUUAUCUUUUGUGCCUGGCAAUGAUGUGGAAAUGUCUAAACAUCCAGGCUUGGUGCUAAUCUUGGGAAAGUUGAUUCUUCUUCAUCAUGAGCACCCAGAAAGAAAGCGUACACCACAGACGUAUGAAAAAGAGGAAGAAGUGGACAAAGGGGUGGCCUGCAGCAAGGAUGAGUGGUGGUGGGACUGCCUUGAGGUCUUGAGGGAUAAUACAUUGGUCACACUAGCCAACAUUUCUGGGCAGCUAGACUUAUCUGCUUAUACAGAAAGCAUCUGUUUGCCAAUAUUGGAUGGCUUACUGCACUGGAUGGUGUGCCCGUCGGCAGAGGCACAAGAUCCUUUUCCAACUGUGGGGCCCAACUCAAUCCUUUCGCCUCAGAGACUUGUACUGGAAACCCUGUGUAAACUCAGUAUCCAAGACAAUAAUGUGGACCUUAUAUUGGCCACGCCCCCAUUCAGUCGUCAGGAGAAACUGUAUGCUACUUUAGUUAGGUACGUUGGGGAACGCAAAAAUCCUGUCUGCCGAGAAAUGUCAAUGGCGCUCUUAUCAAACCUCGCCCGAGGGGACACGUUAGUGGCAAGGGCAAUAGCUGUGCAGAAGGGAAGCAUUGGAAACUUGAUAAGCUUCCUUGAGGACGGGGUCACCAUGGCCCAGUACCAGCAGAGCCAGCAUAACCUUAUGCACAUGCAGCCUCCACCUCUGGAGCCACCUAGCGUGGACAUGAUGUGCAGGGCAGCUAAGGCCUUGUUGGCCAUGGCCCGGGUGGAGGAAAACCGCUCCGAAUUCCUUUUACAUGAGGGCCGCUUGCUGGAUAUCUCAAUAUCAGCUGUCCUGAACUCUAUGGUUGCAUCUGUCAUCUGUGAUGUACUCUUUCAGAUAGGGCAGUUAUGACACAAGUGAGAGGCAAGCAUGUGUGAGUGGAGAAUUAAAGGGUCACAUAUAACUGGCUGGUUUCUGUACCUGUUUAUCCAAUGUAGGAAGAAUGGGAAAAAAAGAAGAAAAAGAAGAAGAAUCUUUGCUCCUCUGCCCCGUUCGCUAUUUACCAAUUGGGAAUUUUAAAACAUUAAUUUGAACAGUUAUGGAAUUAAUAUUUGCUGUCUAUGUGUAUAAGUACAUCUUUUUAUUUUAUUUUUUUAACCAAAGUCUCUCUCUAGUACAUUCAAAGAUCACAUUUCUUUUUCAUAGCUAUCCUUGUCCAUGUUUGUUUGUUUUUCCCAUGUUUGAAUCAUAUAUUUCGGGGAGGGGAAGCAAUCAUGAAUUGGGGGGUGUCAGGAUAUAGCAAAAUAUGAUUUGAUGUUGGGAGAAAGGGGCGUGCCACUGUCAAAUGCAAAAGUGGAGGGAAAAAUAUGCUGAGUUAAUGUGCUUUUUAUUUUUUAAGAACAAAAGAAAUUCCAACCAUCCUUACUGCCAUUGCCCAAAGCACUGUGUGCAAUAGAAAAAUGAUAGUGAUGUAGGUGUGGCGGAUGGUCAAGGAAAGAGGGUCAGUUUCUCAUCUGCCCACGACAUUUUCUUGGGUUCUCUGCAGGAGAAUGGUUACACUAUGCUAGGAGCAAAACCAAUUCUUUAAGAAAGUAAAAACAUAACUCUGAAGACGAUCAACACAAAUUGCUUCCUCACCAGAACUGUCAACAUCAAUAUCUAUUGUUUGACCUUCCACAAUGACAGUUCAUCACAAUUCCUUUAAAUCAUUUUUUUUUAAAAUAUUUUUUAUUGCCUAAAGGCAGUGUUGUAUAUAGAAGUUGUACAUUAAACAUACCCUCAUCUUUUUUUAAAAAAAAUAAAACAAGUACAAGGAUUUAUUUUUUUCAUGAUGUGGUAACUACAAAGUGAUGGUAGACUUAAUUUUAUUAUUAUUAUUAUUAUUGUUAUUAUUAUAUUAUAUUAUUAUUAUUAUUAUUAUUAUUUUCUUUGGGCCAUAACUCCAAAAACUAAGAAAAAAACACCACGAGGGUAAUGUACAAGUUUCUGUAUGUAUAAAGUCAUGCUCUAUUUUGGGAGAGCAAUUGCUCACAACUUACUUUAUAAAUCAAGAUGUGGAAAUGGUUACGUAUGGAUUGAUUUAAGAAAAUGGUUACCAGUCUACAGAAAAAAAAUACAUAUAUGGGGGAAAAAAAGAAAACACAACUUCAAAGGUUUUUCAGUGCAAAGAAUACACAUUUGUAUUUCAAAAUAAUGUAGUUUAAAAAAUACAAAAAAACUUGAUGUAAAUUCCUCCUUUUCCUCUGGCUUAAUGAAUAUCAUUUAUUCAGUAUAAAAUUUAUAUGUUCCACAUGUUAAGAAUAAAUGUACAUUAAAUCUU